UAGCAGGUAGGUCACGUAAAACAUCGUCUUCUUGGCAGGGACUACAUGGACUAGGACUCAACAUACAACUACAACUAUAAUAAACCGGACCACCAAAGUUUAAUUUUUACCAUAUCAUAUGCUGUUCAUAAUGCACCAGAUGUUUUCAAUAAAGGCUAUUCAGGUUGAUGUCACGGGGGCACCGGUGUGCUGAUGCAGACCCAAAAAUGAGCGCAGAGGUCAAAUGGCCCGGAUUUGUCAGCUUUGGCAGCAUGCCAUACGAUGACGUCUACCUAGAAGAUGGCAGCUCUGAAGAAGACGAAGACGAGCACGUUCUGUCAGACUCGCGCAAACCGCUCAUGUCGCCGCAGAAACAGGCCAAAGUCGCGCUGCGGCAACCGCCCCCUACUGUCGGCGUUCACCCGCUCAUCAAAAAGCGGUUCCUGCGCUGGUUCUACUUCCUUCUGACGUUCAUGUUCCUCGGUUUGACGGUCUUUGUACUGAUACGGAUUGCCAAUGAUGCCAUGCAGCAGACAGUGGGAGGUCCCACCGCCGACCCCAAACCCCCAACGACUUCUGAACACGCCUCUGAAGCUGCUCGAGAGAAAGUCAUCCUUCCAUGCUCCCGCUUUGACGUCCAGGACGUUUGGGUGCAGAACUUUCCAAAACUGAUCACGGAGACUGCGUUCCGAUUGGUCGACGUAAACAAGGAUGGAGUUUUAGAUGUUAUCAUGGGGUUUUCUACAGGCGUGACAAGCCAGUUUGCCGACCAGUAUCUGGUCUGCGAUAUCUACUUCAACGGUUCCUCGCCCUGCUUCGGGGGCCUGAUGGCCCUGGACGGGCAGACCGGUCGGCAGCUCUGGAGACACUACUCCAUGUACGAGAUAUUUGCGGUCAAUUGCAACGUGGACAUCGACAGAGACGGAGUGAAAGACUGUCUCGGUGGUGGAAGGGCGGGGAUUUUUGAACUUGUGAGCGGUGCAACGGGUCACCUCAUCUGGACAUUCCAAAACAAGGAACUUCUGGUGUCCAUCAGCAACUUCUACACACCGCAGUUCAUCCGCGACGUGGACGGGGACGGGGUGCAAGAUAUCUUGAAUAUUCAUGGCGGGGAUCCGCUCAGAAAACGAGGGCACAAAGUUUCUCAUAUAGGUAUUGUGCUCAUCGUUAGCGGAGCCAGCGGCCAUGUCAUCACAUGGAUUGAAGUUCCUGACCAGCAAGAAUCGUACUUCUCGCCUCAGGUGUACUUUCAGCACGGUGGGAGAGAGAUGGUCCUGUUUGGGUCUGGAGGGGAGACUAAGGGUGGGUCACUCUGGGUCAUCGCCAUGGCAGACCUGCUGCAAGGGGAUAACAGCAAGGUUACGCAAAUCUACAGCGACAGCUUCAAGGGCGUUAUGACCCCGCCUGCACUGGUGGACAUAACCGGUGACGGCGUCGUUGAUAUCGUCAUGGCGAUGUUCAACUCGACCGUCGUUGCCUUCGAUGGGCAAAACUACAGACAGCUGUGGAACUACUCCAUUCCUGACUCAGAGACAUACAGCUCGCCAGGGGUAGCGUACUACAACGAUGACGACGUUGCGGAUUUUAUGGUCGUGUACAACCACGGGCCAGGAUACCCAGUCUACUACUACUCACAGGUGACUAUUCUGGAUGGGCGUACCGGUCAGCCGUUGCUCACUUCCCCAGUCCAGACGGCAGGCAGUUCCCAUGUCUCCCCCCUGGCUGUCAGCAUGGAGGGCCUUGGAAACGACGCCUUCGUCUAUUUUGUCUUGGACUGUCUGGGUCACGAGGCUGAGACCAGCUCUUACAAAUUUGCUAAAGAUGAUGAAGAGGUUGGUAUUGGUCAGCUGAGUCGUUCCAAUUUCUGCAAGCAACGGUUCAACACCAGAGAUUUCUCGCGUCUACUCCUGCUCAACAGUCACAUGACGCCACCAGGAGAAGAGAUAUAUAAUUCCCUUGAUAGAGUAGCGGACGAAUAUCAGUACAAGCUCAACUCAAGUCUGCUGGCCAAGGCCUACCUGGACGAACACCCUAAAGUACUGGACAAAGUCAAGGAACUAGCCCUGGACAUCAAUCACGACCACGAGCAGACUGGAAGCCCCCAUUCAGAGGAAAGGGGGGAUCAGCAUGCAGAUGGGACAGUCCAUUCAGCGAGUAGGGGUGGUACCGAUAGCGUGGAUUCAGAUGGCAUGCAGGACUUAGAUGAAGACGAUGGGCUUGAUCAACAAGACAAACCGACAACCAACAAAUUUGCACCCAGGUUGGGGUUUGACGACGAGGGCGAAAUGCCGUUCUUCGACCCUGUGCAACCCAUCGACGAUCAACCAAAUCCACUUCCAGAACUUGUCGAUUCGUACGAACGUGAUCCACAGCAGAAGUAUCCGCAGCAGGUGAAUUCACAAGAUGUUGAUCCGUUAGAUUUUGAUCUUCCGGACCCGUACCUGCAAAAUCCUCGUCAGCCGUUUGCCGAAUCCCCGCUCGGUUCCGCGCCAGUCCCCGGGGAAGCAGAUGUGUCGGACAGUGGACUGUCCGACCAACUCUUGGGCGACCUUCUGAACAAACUUCUACAGGAAGAGCAGUUCGGCAAUCUUGAAGAUCCGCCGACGAAAAAUUGGCGUGGAGAUUCCGGUAGCAAAGGCGACCUGCCUCAGUCAUUUCCAAGGGCGGGAAAUUCCAACUGGCAGUAUCAAUCACCACAGCGCAACGAUCAAAGAAAGAAGCCUUACUUCGCCGACGUGUAUGACAAAGAUGACGAUACUGACAGAAGGGAGCAAUACGACAGAUACGACGACAAACGGGGUUACGCAGAUGAUCGGGGACCCUACAGCAGAUACGACAACGCGGACAGAGAGGAAGCCAAGGAAUUGCUGGACAGCCUGUAUGGAUCAUCUCGGGGCGAUUUCCGGUCAAAGAGAUAUUUCAGGAUGAGGCGAGAUGCGGAUGAGACGCCGAAACAAGGUCAUAAACCUCUGUCGCUUCCUGUGGAGUAUCUGAACAAAGAACUGUUCAUGAAGUACGAAAGCCGCGACGCCGAAGCAAAACUUCUAAACAAACUUCUACAGGAAAGGCAGUUCGGCAGUCCUGGAGAUGCACGGAGGAACGUGUAUGACAAAGAUGACGAUACUGACAGAAGGGAGCAGUACGACAGAUACGACGACAAACGGGGUUACGCAGAUGGUGGGGGACCCUACAGCAGAUAUGACGACAUGAGGCGAGACGCGGAUGAGACGCUGAAACGACGUCGUAAAAGUCCGUCGCUUCCCGUCGAGUAUCUGAACAAUGAACUGUUCUUGAAGUACGAGAGUCGCGAAACCGAGCCAAAGGAGCUGCCCGAUGGUGAGCAGUCGCGAUCCCAGCAAACGGCCAAUCGGGUGGGACCUCACCGACGGUCAGCCAAUCACGGACAGCGUAACGCACGCCACGCAGGACCGCACGACGCCGGCGGAGUGCAGCGGCUCAUCUCCACAGGAACCUUGGCGCCGGUCCUGCUGGGAAGAGAAGAGAUAGACGACCACAGCAUCGAUCUGAUCUUUGCCACCUACUGGUUCUAUCCGUCCGACACCGAGAUCAUACUUCCAGAGCAACAGAAAUGCAUCGAAGAAUGGAUGGCCAAGGAAGCACAACGCAUGAACCCUAAAAAUGUGUUUUAUGGUCUAGACCACGAUGCAUAUGAACACAUGGCAACUGAUAAGUGCACGGAAGGUUCCACCAGGAAGCAGAAAGAAGAGUACCUAUCACGUCUCGGCCCUCUGGACAUCUAUCCCUUCAACAUCCACACCGGUGAGAUGACCGUCUACCGGCUGCGGCUGACGUGCCGCUGUGAGGCGACGUCCGAACAUCAGCGAUGCGCUAAGGUGCUGCCGUACAGUGACCAGCGCUGGGCUGGAUACAUGGGCACGUACGGCAACAGUCACUUCCGUCCUUUUAAACGAUGAUGUCCAAAACAAAAUCACGUUAGCUCCGCCACCGCGCACGCAGGCAACGACACAGGCAUCUUUCCAGUAAGCCAAGUUGACAUAUCGCUUUAGUCAUGUGCAACCAUUUAUUUUGGAUAAACAAAACAUGCGCAGUUCUGGAAAACUCCAGCAUCACAGUCAUUACAAUUCAGACAAAUCUACUUCACUGAGCUCUUCAUAUAAAGCUAAAGCUCAAUGAAUAAACUUUAAAAUGUAUUUUUUUAAAUCUUAUACAUGUACAUCCAUCAUCUAGUAAUGGUCAAGGAGAUUACAGACAAGGAGAUU